UAGGCAACGGUUGUGCCACCACUGGCUAGACAGCUCUAUCUGCAGAAAAAUCAAUUUUUGUAAACACGAUGAUGGCAGACAAAAGAGGAUCCCUCGUUCCAUAGUCUAAUAGCGGAUCCACCAUGCCGAGUUCGUACUUGUUCGCCGCCAGCAGCGAAGGGCGCGUCUACACGCUGUCCACUAGCUCCGGGGCUUGGCGGGAACUGCCCUACCUGGGAUUGGAGUUCAAGAAGAUCUGCGCCGUGCCCAACUUUCUGUGGGCCAUUGGCGGUGAUCGCCAGGUGUACGUGCAUGUCCACGGUCUGGACGUGCCCAUUCGGAUACGGGAGGAGUCCUACGAGAACGAGCGCUGGCUGCCCAUCGAGGGAUUCUCGAAGACGCUCCUCCCUACGGAUCGAUACAGAUACUCCUCCGCCGAUGGCAGUGUGGAACGCGGAGUGGACAAGAUCCGACUGCCCUCGAUGGCCUGGCAGUGGGACGGCGACUGGCACCUGGACCUGGAGCUCGAUGGCCAGCCCCUGCCCGAGGAUGGUUGGAUGUAUGCCCUGGACUUUCCGGCCACGUAUUCGGCCAAGAAGUCCUGGAACUCCUAUGUGCGACGUCGCAAGUGGGUGAGAUACAGGAGGUAUGCAGCCCUGAAUAGCUGGUGCGCCGUGGCCCCUCUGCACAAGGAUCCCACUCAGGAGCCAUUUAUCGAUGUGGCCAUAGGCGGCACCUGUGUUCCCAACGCGCCUGCCGGUACUCUCUGCGUCUGGGCCAUCACCGCACAUGGCAGGGCCAUGUUCCGAACGGGUGUGUCAAAAACAGCACCCGAGGGACUCCGUUGGACAGCUGUGCCCACUCCAACGGGCAGCGAACUGUCGCAGAUCAGCGUGGGACCCACUGGUCUUGUCUGGGCCGUUCUUUAUAACGGACGUGUCAUCGUCCGCACCGGUGUAACUCGAGACAACCUUGUCGGAGAUGCCUGGCUGGAUGUUAAGACCCCGGUGGCCAGCUGUAGCUUGCGCAUCGUUCACGUUUCCGUGGGAACCGAUGCUGUUUGGUGUGUGACCAACGAUCACCAUGCCUGGUUCAGGAGGGGCGUCAAGGGUGAGGCAGCGGGCAUAAGCGAGGACUCGGCCAUAGGCAAGGGCUGGGUGGAAAUGGUGGGCAACGUUUCCAUGGUCUCUGUGGCGGCCAACGAUCAGGUCUUUGCCGUUGGAGCCGCCGACCGUUGCUUGUACCACCGCUCUGGGGUGACUUCCGCCGAUCCUACGGGUAAAAAGUGGCGCCUGAUUCAGUGCCCUAUGCAAAUCAGCCGCACUUCCAGCUCUCUAUCCAUUGUCUCCCGCAAAAGUGGUGGCAGCAGUUCAACCCCAGGCUCAAAGCACCAGAGCUUCUCAAAUCUCUACUCGAAGGAGAAGGAAAAGGGCGUCGUGGAGACGUGUGCUGUCAUUGAAACCGUGCUUAAUAGUUCAACGGGCUCCUUCUCCAGCAAUGGAGGUCCACCUGGUCUUCUCAAGAACGAACGUUGGAAACUCAGUGCCGAUUCACCGCCGACUAUAGGAAGCUUAAACCUGAACGAUCGCCACAAGCACCGAACUGCCGCUCUGCGCGAGACUUCGCAUGCCUCCAGUGCUCCGGCGGCGGAUGUGGUAGAGAUUACCGGAAAGUUUGAGACGCAGCUGAAGAACCCUCGGGCCUGGUCGCCAGUGCGAAGUGUUGGCUCCGUUGUGGGUAUGGAAGCCCAUCCCGAAAGCGACUCGACAGUCUUCGAAUCGGACUCAACGCACCACGGAUCGGAUGUGUUUCUUGGCGAAGACGAUGACCACACGGGCUCCCAGUUUUGGACAGAAUGCGGCAUACUGUGGAGUUGUGUCGCUCCGGGUGCGGUGACCGUGGAUGCCAGCAACAUGCCCAAUUGGUUUAACGAGCAAGUUAGCGACAGUAAAGUGGAUGUCAAUGCCAAUUGGCGGAAGGAUAUCCUAAGCAAACUACAGCGACGGCAGGAGAAAUUAGCAAAGCUGCAGACUGUGGCCAAGUUCGAGAAGGCAGUGGAGCUAUCUUCAUGGGUCAAAUCGGCGGAUGCUCGCUACCAGCGUCCUGGAGGCGAAUUCGAAGAUUGUAUCAUUGAACUUGAGUGGGUAAGCAGUGGCAGUGGAACGAGUGGUAACGAGACCUCCCAGUCUGGCGACUCAGGCACUUUUACAGUGCUCAGUCCGGAUGGAGCUGCCACGAAAAUUCAGUUCCCGCUUUCGGACAUCACCUGUGUACAGUGCUGCAGUGAAGCAGGAGCUCCGCGGAUUGCUAUACACGCGCCUCAUCUACCUGUUAACUGCUCGCCCGUGAAACUGCAGUUCUCUAGCGAUUCCGAGAUGGAGGACUGGCUGUCCCACCUCUCAUCCGUGUGCAGCCAGAUCAACACGCUGGUGGGCAAACCGGCCAGCAAUGCCAUCUGGCUGACCAGUGAGCUGGGCGAUGUGUUUGUUUUCGAUGCUGCUAACAUGAAGGCGCAGCAGACAACCGAACCCGGUGAGGGAUAUGUGGAGAAGAUGGACGUUUCCACAUGCGAAACUCCCUAUUACAAUACUCUUUACAAUGGAAUGCCUUGCGGAACUGAACUAGAGAUAACCGGCUGUGUGUAUGAUGACGCUGACCAGAUCCGCUUCGACUUGCAAUCGCAUUCCACAGUCAAAGUGCAGCCGCAUCGUGUAGAGAAACAUCGUGUGAUUGCUUUGCAUCUAAAUCCUCGAUUUAACGAACGCACCACUGUGCUGAACUCGAUGAAGGAGUCCGAGUGGCUAGACGAGAUUCGCAAUGACAAAAUGGCAUUCGCUCCGGGAGCUACAUUCACUUUAAAAAUUAGGGCCCUGAAGGACCACUACUUAAUGAUCGUGAACAACGCCGUUUACACCGAUUACAAGUAUCGCAUCGAUCCGGAGAGCGUGACCAGGCUUUAUGUGAGCGGUCGCAUUAAGCUCUUCAAUGUGCUUUACCGAUGCCCCUCGCUGAUUGUCUCCAUGGAGCGGAUGCACUGGCGCCAAAUGGGCGGCCACAUUAAGAGGAUAUUCAACAGCGGGGUGGACGUUGUGUGGGGCAUCUCUUGUGACAACACUGGCUGGGUAUACAACGGCGGUUGGGGCGGUAUGUUCCUAAAGGGUCUGGAGGGCUCCGGCAAGAUUAAUCCAAUGAUUGACACGCACACGUACUAUGUAUACGAGAACCAGCGCUGGAAUCCAAUCAGUGGCUUCACUGCCAAGAGUCUGCCCACGGAUCGGCACAUGUGGAGCGAUGCCACUGGACGGCAGAAGCGCAGCAAGGAGCACACCAAGCUGCUGUCCACGCACUGCGAAUGGAUCUCGGAUUGGGCCAUUGACUAUAAUAUUCCCGGUGGUGCGGACAAGGAGGGCUGGCAGUAUGCCAUCGACUUUCCAGCUAACUACCAUGCUCACAAGAAGCUCACCGACUGUGUGCGCCGGCGCAGGUGGAUGAAGAGGUGCAGACUCAGCAGCAGUGGACCCUGGCAGGAGCUGAGUCAAUCCAAGAUCCUUGAUGCCGCCUUGCAGGUAUUGGAUGAAGAUGGAGAUAGUUUGACGAGUGAGGGAAACACAUCGGUUGCCGCCUGGGCCGUCGCCUCCAAUGGCGACGUCCUGAUUCGGCACGGAGUGUGCAGCCUGAAUCCUCGGGGAGAUGCCUGGGAACACAUAACCAGUGACCAGCCGCUGGUCGGGAUCAGCGUUGGCCCCACGGGUCAGGUUUGGACUGUGGCACGCAACGGCAUGGUGUUCUUCCGCUACGGCAUCAGCAGGCAGAAUCCUUGCGGGGAUGCCUGGCAGCAGGUGGAGGCUCCCGCAGGCGUUACCUUCAAGGCGAUAAGUGUGGGUCGCGCUGGGAUUUGGGCGCUGGACAACCAGCAGCGUUUGGCUGUGCGAAAGGAGAUCUCAAGGACUUUCCCAGAAGGUUCUCACUGGCAGUUUCUGCCCAAUGCCGCCAAUGUGCCGCCCCACACGGAGCAGCAUUGUGGCUUCCGGGCGGUGUCCGUCGGCUCCGAAGUGUGGGCCAUUUCCCUGAAUGGCAUAAUCUGCAGGCGCUGUGGUAUUACGAAGGAAAAUCCUGCAGGGGUUGGUUGGAACCUAGGCAUUGCGGGUCAGUGGCAAAAUGUAUCGGUCGAAGGAUAUUUAUAAAGGAUUGAUAUACAAUUUGGGCAUUCCUAUAUACUUUACGGACGUUCCGGUUUAUUGUAUGUAUUCAUGUAUGUAAGCUUGUUUAAUUAUGCCAACGCUAAUUCCAAAGUAUGUAUUUCAAGUCAACUUUUUCCCUAUACAUAUUUAAGAUGUAUUAUGUAUGUACCUAUACUUAUUUUUAACUUGCUUUAAGUUCUAAAAAUAUUUAUUAAAAAUUAUACCCGUUACUCGUAGAGUGCAAAACAGAAA